GUGCCGCGACCCCCUGGCCAACGCGCACAGAAAGGCCACAAGGGCGCACAGAGGACACAGGGGCGCGCGCAGCUGCCACAAAGGGGCGUUUUUGAUCUUCGGUUCUGCGGUUCCCCACCCUGCCACAGACCCCCAAAGAUCGGAGCGGGUGGCCGGAACAGGGGAAGGGACCCAUAGGGAAGAGAGGGCGAGCGGCUGAAAGGGCAGGCCAGAAAGAAAGAUGGACAUGGACCGGCAGUCGGAAAGCAAAGGAUUCGGCGCGGAACGUGCGCUUAAGCGGGAGCCAAGAGCUUAAAGGAGCGCAGGAAUUACGGAGGCAGCCUCGGGUGAUGAGAAGUCUCCCGCGCGGGAGUGGCACCCCGAGUUCAUCUGUGCGUCGAAAGUGACCUUCCGCCCGCCUUCUAGGGAGGCCAGCUAACUGAAACGGGCCACUGGGCGAGUUCAGAAUGUUCACACGGGCCUGGACCUGACCGUGCCCCAGCACCAGGAGGUGCGGGGCAAGAUGAUGUCGGGCCACGUGGAGUACCAGAUCCUGGUGGUGACCCGGCUGGCUGCGUUCAAGUCGGCCAAGCACAAGCCCGAGGAUGUCGUCCAGUUCUUGGUCUCCAAAAAGUACAGCGAGAUUGAGGAGUUUUACCAGAAACUGAGCAGUCGUUAUCCAGCGGCCGGCCUUCCCCCACUCCCCAGGAAGGUCUUGUUCGUUGGGGAGUCUGACAUCCAGGAAAGGAGAGCCGUGUUUGACGAGAUUCUGCGCCAUGUGUCAAAGGACGCCGAGCUGGCCAGCAGCCCAGAGCUGCUAGAAUUCUUAGGCUCCAGAUCCCCCGGGGCUGCAGAUCUCACCAGCAGAGAUUACUCUGUCCUGGACGCACACAGCCAGGUGGGGGCUGAUGGGGAGGCUUUUGACUUCUUCAAGCAACAGGACCAAGCAGAGGAUGAGGGUCUGCCCAUCUUAGGCCUGAAGGGCGAAGAUGCAGGGAAAUGUGAGGAGGAAGAGGAGGAGGAGGCCCUGGACCCUCUGGGCAUCAUGCGCUCCAAGAAGCCCAGGAAACGCCCCGAAGUGGCCGUGAAGCCCAAACCCUCGCCCCGGCUCACCGUCUUAGAUGAGGAGGUAGGCCCUGACGAGGGGCUCUCCGGCCCAGGCGGGAAGCUCUCCGCACAAGGCCCUGCAAAGGGCGUACCCCCCAGGGACGCCCUGAAGUUGUUUGACGAUCCUGACCUCGGCGGGGCCGUCCCCCUGGGUGACCCCUUACUGCUGCCAGCUGUCAAUGCAAGUGGAGGCCCCACAUCCCGCCUGGGCCUCAGGGAGGCCUCCGAGGAGCUGUUCAGAGUCGAAGAGGACUUGGACCAGAUUCUGAACCUGGGGGCCGAGCCCAAGCCCCAGCCUCAGCCUAAGCCCAAGCCGCCAGUGGCAGCUAAGCCAGUGCUACCCAGGAAGCCAGCUGUCCCCAGAGCAGGCCCCUCUGAGGCCGUGGCUGGGCAGUGGAAGCAGCAGCAGCAGAUCCAAGCCAUGGACGAGAUGGACAUCUUGCAGUACAUCCGGGACCACGACACGCCUGGCCAGGCCGCCCCCAGCCUCUUCUGACCCUCCCACUCCUGUGCUGGGCCUGGGCCAGCAGACCGUCUCCUGUGGGGGGGGCAUGUGGUGAGGUGGGGAUUUUGCCCUCAGGCCCAGGACCUCUAUUCCCAUGGGAGGGAGGGUGGAAGCCCAGGACAUAGGACCCCUGUACUGCCUUGUUCCGUUUUCUCCAACCUGUGGGGUCACGCAACCCUGCAGGGUGCAGAGAGCGAGGUCACCAUAGGAACCAUAGGAAUUGGAGCCCAAAUUGUCUCAGCCACAUGGAUGUGGAAGGGAGAGCAUGUGGGGACGCCUUGCUAACCAGGAGCCCAGCCCACAGGAUAGAGUGAGACCGAGGGGCCAGGGAGGCUCCACUCGGGGCAGGGAAACUUUGUGCCCACUGGCUCUGCAAGCCCCAGCACAGGGAGGGCCUGGCCAACUUGGGGUGGGGGUCGGGGGUCCAGAGUCUGGGAAGCAUGGCUUCUAGGGACCUGCAGGCUCUAGGAGGGUCCCUCAAGAGAAGGAUACUGAGUGAGUGCCUGGGGGAGCCUGGUGGGGUGAGGUGUCCCUGAGCCGCCUCUGCUUACCAGGUGCUAAGCAGGGUGCUUUCCCACGUGUCCACCUUGAGAGAGACGUCAGGCCAGCCCUGCCGCUCUCAGGUACGGAUGGUCUGACAAGCCCCACGUCUUCCUCCCUCUUCCUUUCCCAGGGAAGCCCUGGCCAGACCGUGGCCUCCUUGGGCCUCUGGCCAUAGGACCCACGUCUGCUGUUGCAGCUCCGAGCAGAGUGGUCAUAGCAUCCUCCAGAGCUCUGCGUGGGUCUGUGGCCUGGGGUGUCCCUCCUCCUCACAGUGGCCCUAGAUGGGAUGCUCUCCAGCUGCUGCUUCCAGGGCCUCAUCUGUCCAGUGGCAGAUGCUACCAGGCCUUGCCUGUCCUCCAGGUCUGGCCUUGCUCACUGGCCUUCCACAGUGGGAGCCGCCUUCAUAGGGAGAAGGAGCCCUGUACCAGGGCAGGGCCAGUGCCUUAGACUUCUCCCGGACCCCACGCGCCCCAGCACACGGUCUGGGCAUGGCAUGGUGCUCAGGAAAUUCUCAGUGAAUGAAUGAUCUUUAAUGGAGCAAAGAAUGUCUUUUUUUGACAUUUUGCCUUUUUUUGACAUAUUCUUCAUGUUCGGAACUAGUUUUUGUAUUAUUUUUAUUGUUGUUUUUUAUUUUUUUGUGUGUGUGAGGAGAUCAGCCCUGUGCUAACAUCUGCCAAUCCUCCUCUUUUUUUUGCUGAGGAAGGCUGGCCCUGGGCUAACAUCGGUGCCCAUCUUCCUCCACUUUAUAUGGGUCGCCACCACAGCAUGGCUUGCCAAGCACUGCGUCGGUGCGCGCCCGGGAUCCGAACCAGCAAACCCCGGGCCACCGCAGCGGAGUGCGCGCACUUAACCGCUUGCACCACCGGGCCGGCCCCAGAACUAGUUUUUAAUGAAAUGCAACCACUGUUAUCCCUUGGCUUGCCCUGCCUGACAGAGGCAUUGGAAGGGGGUUUGGGACUAGGACCCCAGACCCUUUCCUGAUCAGGGCCAACAGCCAACCCUGAGGGAGGCUCCCCUGUCCUGGGCUGGCUGUUUGCUGCCAUCAGAGGUUCUAGUGCCCUGCUCCCAGCCUGUGCCAGUACCUGCAGGGCCUGUGGGAGCGCUUCAUGUGAUCUGUCCUGCAUCGCACUCACUCUUGCCAGCUGUCCAGUCCUGAAAAGGCCGCCCCCUUCACCUGUGCCUGAGUGGGAGGAAAUAGGUGGUUCUGGUGCCAAGAGCUGAAUUACUCCUCCUCCUCCUCUACCUUACCGGCUCCGAGGGCCCCCUCUCCCCAGGACCCUGAGCUGGCUCUGGGACAGCCUCGGCCCCCAGCACAAGCCACUCCUCUUCCCUUUCCCUGCCAGGCCUUCACACUCUCACCCCAUAACCCAGCCCUGGGCCCUGCACCCUUGCUGACCACAGAAAGGCCUCGAAGGAGCAGUGGUGAGGCUGGGCCAGCUCUGCCUCGAGCUCUCUCCCCUCCCUGUUCUCCCCUCUGUGCCCCACGCCGGCUCCCUGCUCCCCUCCCCCCACCUCCCACCACCAUUUGAUAUAGGAGCAGAGGGCGCAGCCAGUAGGUGCUUGAGGGGGCUGUUCCUCUGGUGGGGGUCACAGAGGAACGCGUUCACCCACUGUGGCUUGCCUCCUCCUCGGUGGCCUGGUGCUCUCCAGAUACCUCAGCAAGGGCGUGUACUUGCCCAGAUAUUGAUGCUCGAACUGCGGCUUGUUUUUCACCACAGGCCUGUGACCUACUGGCCAAUCGAUGACACCCAGUCCAAUAAAGUCCAUGUCAGUGACUCA